CAUAUAUGCAAUCAGAAAACAUACCGUCUGGCAGCGCCAUUUUCUCGAGUCUGGUGGCAACGCCGCGGUGUGUGUUUCUUUCCGUUCCGUAGACUGCAAACGUCAAGAUGGCCGAUCAAGUUGAUGAAACUCUUAAGAAGAAGCGUACCUUCAAGAAGUUCACCUACCGUGGUGUGGACUUGGAUCAGCUGUUGGAUAUGCCCAACAACCAGUUGGUGGAGCUGAUGCACAGCCGUGCCCGCAGGCGUUUCUCUCGCGGUCUGAAGCGCAAGCCAAUGGCCCUGAUCAAGAAGCUGCGCAAGGCCAAGAAGGAGGCUCCACCAAAUGAGAAGCCAGAGAUUGUGAAGACCCAUCUGAGAAACAUGAUCAUUGUGCCCGAGAUGACCGGCUCCAUCAUUGGCGUUUACAAUGGCAAAGACUUCGGCCAGGUCGAAGUUAAGCCUGAAAUGAUUGGCCACUACUUGGGUGAAUUCGCGCUGACCUACAAGCCCGUCAAGCACGGUAGGCCCGGUAUUGGUGCCACCCACAGCUCACGUUUUAUUCCCCUCAAGUAAGCGCCAGCACUGUGUCUGGAGCAGAGUCGUCGCCUGCUUGUGUGUGGGCCGGGACUUGUUUUUGGAUUUUUACGCGUAAUAAAGGAAACGUAAUUUUUUAAGAACGUAA